CGAAUCGCAUUGUAUCGGUUCGAAUAACUCUGCAUAAUUUCUCUGCGAGCGGUUCAGGCAGUUGGCUAUUCAGUUAGUUAGUUAGUAAGAAUCGAGCAGGGUGGAAGACGGCAGAGGACAACGGUUCUUUUGGCACCCCUUGCCAAAAAGCAACGCGUUUGCUCCGUGUGCAACGAAAAACAGCACCCCGCACAGCACAACAGGACACAUACCGGAACGUUAGGGAACGAACCGAGGCUACAGCAUGCCCAUUCACUGGGACUGGGAUUGGGAGCAUGAGCACGAGCAUGGUGGCGCACAUUAUCACUGGCCACCGCGUAGGCACUGGUCAACGGGCGAGCCGAAGUGCCGGCAGAGGCGCUACUACCUGGCCCACGAGAUGGACGUGUGCGCCCGGGAAUUUCAUUUGCGCGUGGACGACAGUGCCUGGUGUCACGGCUCGUGCCUGGUGGGCCGUGUGGUCAUAGAGACAGGCGCAGAGCCGGACUCGCUGGGCCGUGGCACCUUUAAGGUAGUGCUGGACGUGCAUCACUUCCAGCUUGGCGAGCUGACGGUUAAGGCCAAGAACAGCGACACCAUCUGCGUGGAGGGCAAGCAGGCGGACGAUCGCGCCGAGAAGGGCCAGCUGUGCAUCACGCGCGAAUUUACGCGCUGCUACAAGCUCCCGCGGCACUAUGAUGCCACACAGGCGCGUGCCACCUUCUCGGCGGAUGGCAUACUCAUGGUGACGGUGCCAGCACCACCCAAACUAGAUGACGUUGAGCGUGUGGUGGACAUCGAGCCCACCGGCAACUACUUUGGCAGCAUUUCGGAUCCCAGUGCGGCCAAGGCCAUUCAGCAGGCGGAUCAGAACGCAUCGGAUGAUGGUGGCGAGGCACAUCCUGCUGGCACAGCGACGGACAAAUGAAGCUGGCGACGUCUGGCGGUUGCGCGUGCCUGGCCACCUCUCUGUAAAUGGAAGAAGCGCCUCCUGCGCCGCGUGUAGGCCGUCAGAGGCAGUCGUUCAGUUUGAAAGAAGCUUAACUAGAGUACCAGAGUAUGUGGAACAAUGCGGAGAUUUAGCAGUCGCAACAAUCCUGGCAAAGCCCAGAUGCAUUCCUAACCAUUCACACAGUCACAUCCGAGCACCUUUAAUGGAGUACUCCAUGCAUUCAAGUAAUCCUAAUAGUUCCAUUGUUAAUUUUGUUCUUGUUGACACCUAGUGAAAUUGUUGUAAACGUUAUCAAAUAUGGCCCACUAGAAUCUAUAACUAUAGCAAUAUUAUCUUUAAGGUUUAAUGUGGAAUUUGCUUUAUGCCAAUAAAG